AUGAACCCGAUAAAUGCCCCAUCGGGGCCGGCCUCCUUAUGGCAGGAGGCUCGCAAUAAGGCCGAUGGGCGAAUCUAUUACUACAAUGUCCAGACGCAAGCGACGCAAUGGCAGAAGCCCGUUGAGCUGAUGACCCCAGUCGAGCGCGCGCUGGCGAAUCAACCAUGGAAAGAACAGACUCUUGAUAACGGACGAAAAUACUGGUACCACUCGGAAACCAAGCAAAGUACUUGGGAUAUGCCGGAUGUUUACAAAGAAGCUCUUGCGCAGGCUCAAGUGUCCCAGCAGCCACAAUCAACGGGCCCUACGUUUGUCGCAGGCGGAGUCAAUUCGUUUCCUUCCUACCCACAGCAGCGAGAGCGCGACGAUUAUGGUCGAGGAUUCGGCGACCGACGGGGCGGCUACGGCGCGCCGGAUACGAAUGGAAUGGCAGCAGUUGCCCCCGUGUUAGGCGCGCAGACGGAACCGGAAUAUAACUCGUUCGAUGAAGCGGAGGGAGCAUUCAUGAAAAUGCUGAGACGUCAUAAUGUCCAGCCCGAUUGGUCAUGGGAACAGACAAUGCGUGCUAUCAUCAAGGAUCCGCAGUACCGUGCCCUCAAAGACCCAAGAGACCGCAAAACAGCCUCUGAGAAAUACGCGGUCGAGGUUCGCAUGCAGGAAAAGGAUCGGGCGAAAGAACGAUUCGCUAAGCUCAGAGCAGAUUUCAAUACCAUGCUGAAACGGCAUCCUGAAAUCAAAUACUACAGUCGUUGGAGGACCAUUCGGCCAAUAAUUGAGGGUGAGACUAUCUUCCGGUCUACAAACGAUGAUAAUGAGAGGCGACAGCUCUUUGAAGAGUACGUUUCCGAGCUUAGGAAGGAGCACGUUGAGCAGGAAGCUGUUAAGCGAAAGGCUGCCAUGGAUGAGCUGAUGAAUAUCAUGAAGUCUCUGGAUCUGGAGCCGUACACUCGCUGGUCUGAGGCACAAUCCAUUAUCCAGUCCAACGAGACUGUCCAAAGUGAUACUAAGUUCAAGUCCCUAAGCAAGUCUGAUAUUUUGACCGCUUUUGAGAACCAUAUUAAGGCUCUUGAACGAACAUUCAAUGAUGCGCGCCAGCAGAACAAGGCAGUCAAGCAAAGGAAGGAGCGCCAUGCCCGUGAACAGUUCAUUGAGCUGUUGAAGGAGCUGCGGUCUCACGGCAAGAUCAAGGCUGGUAGCAAAUGGAUGAAUGUCCGUCCCUUGAUCCAAGAAGAUCCUCGAUACCUAGGAAUGCUCGGUAAUGCGGGAUCUUCUCCGUUGGACCUCUUCUGGGAUGUAUUGGAGGAGGAGGAGCGUUCACUGCGUGGUCCGCGGAACGAUGUGUUGGAUGUGCUUGAUGAUAAACGCUUCGAAGUUACACCCAAGACCUCUUUCGAAGAAUUUAACUCUGUCAUGCUCUCUGAUCGCCGGACUGCAGAUUUUGAUGCGGAUAUUCUGCAGCUCAUCUUCCAGCGCGUCCAAGAGAAGGCCCUCCGGAGAAACGAGGAAGAAAAGCAUGCUGCAGACCGCCACCAACGACGGGCCAUCGACGCACUGCGGUCCCGGAUCAAGCAUUUGGAUCCCCCUGUCCGGGCCACUGAUACCUGGGACCAAGUCCAACCUAGGGUUGAAAGACUGGAAGAAUACAAGGCAAUUGAAAGCGACGAACUCCGCCAAGCCGCCUUCGACAAGGUUAUCCGUCGUCUGAAGGAGAAAGAGGAAGAUGCGGAUAGGGACCGCUCUCGAGACCGUGAUCGCGGCAGCCGCCGAGACUACGACCGCGACCACCGAUACCGUGGCGAAAGACGCGGCGCUCCCAGCCGCGUCAGUCGCACCCCCGAACCAGACGCCUACGAAGCAGACCGCCGCAAAGCCCAAGCAGACCGCGAACGCUCCUACCGCAAAGUCAGCGGGUUCUCACCCAGCCGCGACAAACGUGAAGACCGCGAUCGCGAACGAGACCGUGACAGGGAGCGCUACCGCGAACGGGAUCGCGAGCGUGGACGUGACCGUGAAGAACGGGAUCGCGAUCGUGAACGCGAUUGGGACCGCGAACGUAGCACUCGGCCUCUUAGCCACUACGACCGCGAACGUCGUGACCGUGAAGACGAACGUGAGCGACUCUACCGCACCCGCGGGGACCCGCGCGGCGGCCGCGACGAGCUCGAUUACGGUGGUGACACGCCCAGCACGAACGAGCGGCGGCGCAGACGUGACAGCGACUCGGAGAGUGUGGCCAGCCGCUCUGCGAAGCGGUAUCGGCGGGAUCCUAGCCGUGAACGUGAACGUAGUCGAGGCGCAAGGAGGGAUAGGGAUCGGAGGGAGCGGACACCUGCUAGUACAGCUGGUAGUGCUGCACCUGCCCCUGGUCCUGUUGAGGACGCUAAGAAGGUGGAUGACAAGGCUAUUCACUCCGGAAGCGAGGAGGGGGAGAUUGAAGAGGAAGAGUAG